AUGGCACCUACCCGGCCGGCUUCGGGCUCUCGACCUGGCCUGCAACUGCAGCGAAAGAAGAAUGAAAGAAUCUCUAAACGUCGCACUGUGGAGCUCACAGAAGGGCGUGUGAUUCAGCUGAGCAUCGACGCCGAGGCCAUUGUCGUGCCCAUGUCCAGCUAUGCAAGCAAGCAAGACUGCAUGGUAGACCUCAGAGACCAGCUCCGAAGUGCCCGGUUCAGACUGCCUGCGCACCUAGACAAGAAGGACUCGAAAGCCUAUCGCGCGAUCGCCCGCCAGCUUGCGACUCGGUUCAUCGAUGAGUCUGGCACCGUGUCGAUCCUCUCAGCUAAUGGUGAGCUUACUGGGCAAACUCCAAGCUCGAAGCAGCAAGCGAACUCCACAGAUCCUGAGACCCCGGUGGACAGCGGUUCUAGUCUAGGAGGCCAGGGCAACUUUACAGGAGGCACGACUUCUUACCGCCAAGGCAUGUUGCCCUCGGCGGUCUCCCAUCCGAGGUGUCCGAACCUUAAAAAUCUCACCGACACUGACGGUUGCGGUGCAGCAGAGAACACGCCGUUUUUGAUGGCUGGUCCGGCUCCCGCAACAACGACCUCCCCGAUCCCACAGAUGGCAGACACCCACCCAGUCUCGUCGGCUGCCCGAGUAGAGCGACUGCUGUCGAGUGCUGCUGGCGGCAUUCAUGGAGUGAAUGACCCGUAUAGUAGCCCGCCUGAUAAAAUCCCUGAGCCUGUUGAUGACCAAGGUGUGCCCACAAGCGUCCAGGGUAGCUACGGCGCCAACGGAGACGGCUCAGCAGAGCGGCUCUCCGCUCCUUCUCACGAGGGUGUGCAGCCAUCCGCUGCCAGAUCCGUUUCGCACCUCAUCCGCGGGACUGAGUUCCGCUACACGGAAGGCCACGUCACAAUGUACCUAAGGAACAAGUUGUACCUUAGUGCCAGGCGGACUGAUCACUGGAUUCAUGCCAAUAGGCUCGUAACUACAUCGAUAGAACUCGGAACCAGCCAAUCCAGGCUGGUAGGCAGGAGCAGGCGAAGAGAAAUGCAGAAGAUCGUUAGCGAUGGAGAACACGAUGGAUCAGCUCGCUUUGUAUACGUCCCUCUGGAACGGGCUAGAGAGCUAGGCGAAGCAUGGGGGUUGGGACCAGAGUCGAAGCAGUUCUUUGACACUAUGGCUAGAGCCAAUCUCACAGGUGGCCAUCAUCGCCGCACAACCGCAAUGCCCCUCCCGGACGCAUGA